CUCUCUCAUGCAAUGCUUCAAUGGAAACCACUUGGCACCCAAAAAGAAAUUGAGACUCUCAAAUCUCAAUCCUAAAAUACACUGACACACACAUAAAGCUUUCUCCUCUUCCUUCUUUUUUUCUCUGAAUUCUAAGUUUCUAACUUCAAACACUUCCCUAUUUAACUUCCCAACGCCAUUUCCAUUUUUUCCCCAAUGAUCUAUUAAAUUAAAAAUAAAAAGAAUGAUUUUUUAAGAAAAAAAUAAAGAAAAAACGAAGAAAAAGAGAGACCCAAUAUAGGUUUUUGAUUGGGUCCGGAGCUGGUCCGGGCCCCCUCCGUAAUCGGCGGCGCCACCGUGUUUGCCACCGUCAAUGCCCAAUUAGGGUUUUUGUUCUUCAUUUCUUUGUUGUAAAUCGGAGGAUUUUCGUUCAAAAUUGUUUGGAAUUGUGAUGGGUUCGAAACCGUGGCUCUACCCUGCUCCUACGUAUCGGCCAUUAGAGACGUUUUGGGACACUGAUGAAGACGCGCCGGGGCCACGAUGCGGCCACACACUCACCGCCGUCGCCGCCACCAAAUCUCACGGACCAAGGCUCAUCCUUUUCGGCGGCGCCACCGCCAUCGAGGGAGGAUCUUCCUCAGCUCCCGGAAUCAGGUUAGCUGGAGUUACCAAUUCGGUUCAUUCGUAUGAUGUUCUAACGAGAAAAUGGAGUAGUCUUAAACCUGCCGGAGAGCCUCCAUCUCCUCGGGCAGCUCAUGCUGCUGCCGCCGUUGGUACUAUGGUUGUUUUUCAGGGUGGCAUAGGGCCUGCUGGGCAUUCUACUGAUGAUCUCUAUGUGCUUGACAUGACCAAUGAUAAAUUCAAAUGGCACAGAGUUGUUGUACAAGGGCAAGGACCUGGGCCUCGCUAUGGCCAUGUAAUGGAUUUGGUUGCUCAGAGAUAUCUUGUUACUGUCAGCGGAAAUGAUGGGAAAAGAGUUGUUUCUGAUGCUUGGGCUUUGGAUACGGCACAAAAACCUUACAUGUGGCAGAAGCUGAACCCAGAAGGCGAUAGACCUUCUGCUAGAAUGUAUGCUACUGCUAGUGCUCGUUCAGAUGGAAUGUUUUUGCUUUGUGGUGGAAGAGACUCUUCUGGAGCGCCACUAGCAGAUGCAUAUGGACUGCUCAUGCAUAGGAAUGGCCAGUGGGAAUGGACACUCGCACCUGGAGUUUCCCCUUCACCAAGGUAUCAACAUGCUGCGGUUUUUGUUGGUGCACGAUUGCACGUUACAGGAGGCGUUCUCAAAGGUGGACGGGCUGUAGAAGGUGAAGCAGCCAUUGCAGUACUCGACACAGCGGCUGGGGUUUGGUUGGAUAGAAAUGGCAUUGUGGCCUCGUCACGCCCAAACAAAGGUCAUGAUUAUGACCCUCCUUUGGAUCUUUUGCGUCGUUGUCGCCAUGCAGCAGCGGCUGUUGGUGUUCGUAUAUACAUCUAUGGUGGUCUUAGAGGAGAUUCACUACUAGAUGAUUUAUUAGUGGCAGAAAAUUCACCCUUUCAAUCUGACACUAAUUCUCCUGUGUUAACAUCUGAGAGAACUUCACCUAUUUCAAGCCCCAAAUUCGGCCAGUCUAAUGUAAAUUAUAGCGUAACAACACCAAGUUCAGAUUCUGGGCCAGAUGUUCCCUCAUCUGGCGGCUUAGGAAUGGACAGAAACUCCAUGGAGAAGCUUAGGGAAGCAUCAGCUGCAGAAGCUGAGGUAGCGAAUGCAGUCUGGCAAGCUGUGCAGGCGUCAAAUAGUCCUGCUGAAGAAACAUCGCUAUCAGAUGACAACUCACAAGCUGCAGAAACAGUUUCAGAUGGCAGUGACACAGAAGGCGAUGUUCGCCUUCAUCCCAGAGCGGUUGUAGUUGCUAAAGAGGCCGUAGGUAACCUAGGUGGAAUGGUGAGACAGCUAUCGCUGGAUCAAUUUGAAAAUGAAAGCAGACGCAUGGUUCCUGUAAAUAAUGAUACACCAUAUCCUACCAAAAAAUUCACUAGGCAGAAAUCCCCUCAGGGAUUACAUAAAAAGAUAAUUUCGAAUUUGCUUAGGCCACGCAACUGGAAAGCACCUGCAAACAGACGAUUCUUCUUGGAUUCUUAUGAAGUCGGUGAAUUAUGCUAUGCUGCCGAGCAAAUAUUUAUGCAAGAACCAACUGUUCUUCAGUUAAAAGCUCCUAUCAAAGUAUUUGGUGAUCUUCAUGGUCAGUUUGGUGAUUUGAUGCGACUAUUUGAUGAAUAUGGAUUUCCUUCAACUGCGGGAGACAUCACGUAUAUUGACUACCUGUUUUUGGGAGAUUAUGUUGAUAGAGGACAGCACAGCUUGGAAACCAUUACCUUGCUGCUUGCGCUUAAGAUUGAGUAUCCUGAGAAUGUUCACCUGAUACGUGGUAACCAUGAAGCUGCCGACAUAAAUGCACUAUUUGGUUUUCGUAUUGAGUGUAUUGAAAGGAUGGGGGAAAAUGAUGGAAUCUGGGCAUGGACGAGGUUCAAUCAACUUUUCAACUAUCUUCCACUUGCAGCUCUUAUUGAAAAGAAAAUUAUCUGUAUGCAUGGUGGCAUUGGAAGGUCUAUCAAUUCUGUAGAACAGAUAGAGAAGCUUGAAAGGCCCAUAACAAUGGAUGCAGGAUCUAUUAUUUUGAUGGACCUUCUGUGGUCCGAUCCUACAGAAAAUGAUAGUGUAGAGGGUUUGAGACCAAAUGCCAGAGGACCAGGCCUUGUCACUUUUGGGCCUGACCGUGUAACCGAGUUCUGCAAGAAAAAUAAACUACAGCUAAUUAUAAGGGCCCAUGAAUGUGUCAUGGAUGGCUUUGAACGAUUCGCACAGGGACAAUUGAUUACGCUUUUUUCUGCAACUAACUAUUGUGGAACGGCAAACAAUGCUGGUGCCAUACUGGUCGUUGGCCGUGGCUUGGUAGUGGUUCCAAAAUUGAUCCACCCCCUACCGCCACCCCUUCAGUCUCCAGAGACAUCUCCUGAGCGCGUCAUGGAUGAAACAUGGAUGCAGGAACUUAAUAUUCAGAGGCCACCAACUCCGACACGCGGUCGACCACAGCCAGACCUUGACCGCGGCUCGCUAGCAUACAUAUGAUGUAUAGUUCAUGACAUGGAGUUCAGCAGAAUUUGAGGCUAGCCACCCCCUAAUGUUGUGUUCUUUGUAUCCGCCAAUGUUGAAAGAACAAAGACAUAUUUUGUACUGUUUCUGAAAUAGUUGCAGCAAGUAAGGAAGUUCUUGUUUUCAGUGUACAAAUAGCUUUGAGAGAGGUUGGAGAGUUUUGUGAUAGCAAAUUAGUGAAAUGGGUGAUUUAAUUUAUCUUUUUAUGGAGGUGUUGAAUUUGUAAGGAAUGUGACAUGUAUAAAGUGGAAGAGAUGUUAGUAACUAAUCUUCUACCACCCUCAACUUAGGAUGUGACUUAGGGAGGGAAUAUAGUUGCUCAGCGUGUAUAUUGUAUCAUAAAAAAUGUCAAGGAAUAUAUAAUUCUUCUUUUAUAUAAAAUGUUUAUAACAUUUUGAUUUUGUUCAA